AUGGGCGUACAGACAGACAGACCUGCUCUACUGGAAGACCUUCUUACCAGCUCUCAAAUGUUUGCUGCACUCAGAGUGUUCAUCAUAAAUGAUGAUUGGGCGGAUCUUCCUAUGCAGGCGCAGUUGAGUAUGUACAACGUUCCCAACGUAUGUCUGCUGGGACUGAUCCUUCUCUCUUCACUAUUCUCAGGUGUGAGUGAAGCAGCAUACACUCAUGUGUUCAUCAGUUCUGGUGAAAGUGUGUCUCUGUCCUGUAAUGAUGCUCUUCAUCAAUGCUCCUCAACUACAUGGAACUACGAUAAUUAUACAAGAUCAUCAGCAGUAGAAGUUUUUACUGGAGGAAUAAAUAAGAAUAACACAGAGAGAUCUGAGAGACUGAGUCUGACAUCUGACUGCUCUCUCAACAUCUAUAACGCAACACAACAUGAUGGUGGACUUUACACCUGCAGACAAUAUGUGAAUGGACGUCAACAUGGACCUGAUUCACGUGUUUAUCUACAUGUUCUUCAUGUGUCUUCAUCAUCAUCAUCAUCAUCACAGACUGAGAUAAGAGCAAACACAUCUGUCACUCUCUCCUGUCAGCUGUUUACAUAUGUCUGUGAUUAUGUGUUCAGUUAUUAUGGAUUUCAGCUGGUGUGGAUGAAUCAGACUGAUGUUGAUCUACAGACAGACUCCAGAUAUCAGAUUAGAUCAGAUAAACUCUGUAUCAUCUCUCUGACUACAACACUCGUGAAUGAAGACGACAACACAGAGUUGAGAUGUGUGCUCAAACACAAGAAUGACAUCAAGACCUCAUUCACAUAUACUGUCAGAUUUACAGAUUCAAACAAGAAGGUAUGA